CACGCAUCCACUACCACCAAAAGACAGUGUCAUGUACAAGAAAAGUUGAAAAGAAGUUUUUGUGUAAUGUGUAGUAAAUACAGUGAAUUAUGCUCAGAAUUGUGAUGUUUAUGACGUAAAUAUAAUAUAUUUCAAUUGUGAAAUCAUCAAACUAUAUUAUAAAGUGAAAUACUGGAAGUUAAUCUUAAAGAUUUUGUUGAAAGUAUUGAAAAAUUUUCUUGAUAGAGGAUAGUGACGCCAUUGCAAAUGGCUCGUCGCAGAAACUCAUUAUUAUCGUUGAAAAUUGAUAAGAUUGCAGAGAAAGAAAUUUUUUUCCGCAUUACUUACUCCAAAUGUGAAUGGUGAUGUUCAAAUACUAAAAUUAAUGUGCAAUAAAAGGUGUAAAAUGAAUGGUAUAAAACCAUGAUAUAUUGGUCGCAUUGAUUUUUUUGGGGCGUCACAUUGUAGAGGUGCUGACAGUCUACUAUACUUCCACUGCAGCUGUAUAUUUGCGUAGAAUUUCCAGCGAAAAUGGAUGCACAAACCCAAGUACCAGAUUUUCUGGGUAUUCCACUGGCCGCCCAGUGGAAUUAUACACAGCAUGUUACCUUGGAGAACCUUAAAAUGGACUCAAACAUGGUGUGGCUUCUAUGUUCCUUGCUCACAUCCAUCUGCUGGGUGAUCUACAUCACUUUCUACAAUUCCCGUGUGGUGGGGUAUUUCAUUACGAAAAUGGCAAAUAGAUUGUUCAUCAAGGGUGCAUAUUUCCGUAUUGGAUCGCUUACACUUAAUCCUCUGGCUGGAAAAAUCAUGUUCCGGGAUCUCGUGUAUAUCUGCUUUGAUUACACAAUUCGCAUUCAGGACGGAUAUUUUAUCUUUAGAUGGUGGAGAGCUUAUGUGCCCAAGGAUGUAUCGGAGGAUCUCUCCCAUUCGGACACACGCCUAUCUGUUAUGUUGAAUGGUCUAGAAUUACAUGUCUAUAAUCGUUGUGAUCUCUAUUCGAAAUUGGAGAAGACGUUUGGGCUCAAACCUACUAUCCUAAUACCGACGGAAAAUAUGUCAAAUGACGAAGCGAGUCGGAUUAAUGAGCAGGCGAUGAACGUACAGAAUUUAUCAGCUAGUAGUGCAGAUGUUGCCGAGGAGUUUACUAAUACGAGACAAAGGCAAAAGAAACCACGACCCGAAGCCAUGACAGCGACAACCUGGCGAGAUUUAAUACCUGUGAUCAAAAUUGACAUAUGCUCGAGUCGUUUUGUUUUUGGAAACCGUCUAACGCCCACCACCCUCUCAAUUUGCGUAGAAGAGGCUCACUGUGUAUAUAGCACAAAACCAGCCGUAUCUAGACUGGAUCACUUUAUGCACUUUGUCAAAGCAAAAGCAGAAAAUGCCAAAGUUCUUCUAGCACCUAGCCCUAAAUACACUGGUCUUGUAGAUGAACCACCAAGAUACAUGGGGGAAGGUUUUGUUGUAAUGAUGUCAAAUCUUCUGGAAUUGUAUUUCUAUAUGGAUGAAGCUGGAGUGGUUCCUGAACAGCCUGUCUUAUUAACAUUAGCAAAUGGUGAUGUGGUCGAAGCAGCGCCGCCAAUGUGGGGUAUUGAUAUUAAGUGUGGCAAAGGAACGGAUUUCAGUUAUGGACCAUGGGCCGAUCGACAAAGGGAUCAUCUGUUUAAGUUCUUUUUUCCACCAGAUUGGCAGACAAUGCAAGUUACAUUGCCACCACAACCUGGCGACCGUCGCCAAUAUCAAUCCUUUGAAAUUAGUCUCAGUACUUUGGAUAGGGCUACCAUUGACAUUUUGUUUUCAAAGAACAAAGAAACAAAUGCUGUUCAUGUGAUAACUGGACCUGGAUCCUAUCUAGAAGUUACUCUUCCUUGGUUAACUCUCCAAGAUGGCUUUACUACAAAAGUAACUGGGCAGCUGCUUCAUGUGGAGGCUACAACGAGUCUGCAGUAUCGAAGUCUGGGAGAAUGUGAAACGCUUCAGUUCAAUAUCAAAGUUCAUUAUCCACUUAGAUGGAAUGAUCAUCAGGAAUGGUUAAUUAAUUUGACAGGAUCAAAAGCUACAGCAUAUGUGGUAUACUCUCACAAAGAUUUCUUCCAGGACCUUAUUGAGGACUGGGCAUCGAAGUCACGGCCAGAUAUCUUAUACUUUGUUCCUUACACGUGGAAGUUUUGCAUACUCCUAAAAGAAUUUGAAAUUAUAACACUCAGCAAUGAAUACAAUUGGAUUGAUUGUUCCAGCACGAAUCAGGAAAAUCAUCAUCUGGCUUUCUGUGGAGAUCUCUUUGAUUUGAGUUUCAAUUUGCCCUUUGAUGAUUUUCUACCACCGACAGUUCCUCUCAAAUUCUGGAUUCAUGGUGAGGGACUGGAUUUAAGUAUGUAUUUACCAGAAGUCUCCACGAGUCGACCGAUUCUCAUUGGAUUAGAUGAAAAUGCCAGAAUUCUCACAAGAGAUGGGCAUGUGAAAGAACGAGCAGAUCUUCUGUCAAAAAAGUGGCGAAGGAUAUGUUUAAGAAAUUCUGGAUGGAUUGACUGUUGGACGGUACCUAUUGUUGCAUUAGCAAUUCAAUAUAUUUACCAUCCGAUUCCUCCACUAGGCCCAGAUCCUCAGGCUGAUAUCACAACGCCGGAAAAAGAAGAAAUUCUUUUAAGUCCAAUGCGAAUUCCCAAAAUGGGAAAAUCACCAGUGAUUACGUGGACUCAAAGUGAUCAACGAUUUGAUCCAACAACCUUACCACCAGAUAAAGUGACGGUUGAGCUAGAAAUUGGGUCAUCAGUGUUAUUUGCCUAUGGUGCUGUUUUGAGGAACUUCAUUCAUUUGAAAGAGAAUAUUUUUGGAGAAGAUCAAUCUUUCACGGAUAUGGAAACAUCCAAUAUUAAAAUGUCCAAUACUCCAUCACAAAAUGCUGCACUAGCAAAAGCUACUUUUAUUGCUAAAGACGAUCAGGCUAAAUCUGUGUCGGAAGUGAGUCUUGCUACAGAAGAAAAACCAAAACGUUUCGAUCCUAGGAUAUACAGGCCAUUUGAGGUCACUGUAACUGUCACAAUUCAUGAUAUUCAGGCUCAUUUAAUUAAAAACUGUACGGAAAAUGAUCCUCCAUGUCCCAUAAUACUAAUUGAGAGAUUGGGUUUUGAGAUGACAAAGAAUUUUACAGAGACUCAAUUGCAAGUCCUUGUUAGUCCAUCGUUCCUCAUUAUCCCGGACAAUGUUCCACGCAGUGCUAAAGACAAACAUUUGAAACAAGGUCAUCUUCUGUUAUCAGCAGUGCAAGUGCGUGGUCAUGCUAUGUUUAGCAAUGAAGGUCUAUCACUUAAUGAAGACACACUUGAGUAUGGUUGGCUGCUGGAGGUUCAGCUGGGUAAGUUAUCUGGUAAAUUAACACUUCAACAAUUGUGUCACUUAGUAACAGGGCUUGAGACUUUUCUGAUGCUGGUAAUGGAUUCAGAGAACCAUUUGAGGCCCUCAAAAACUAUUAGAUACUGUCACCACGGUAUUCCUUCUAAUUUGUGUCCGCAAUCCAAAGAAGAUACACGGUACAGAUGCCCAUCUUGUGAAGAUAUUAAAUAUCGAAUGACAAGAGUUGCAAUUGAUGCCACAGAUUUAUAUUUAGUGGAAAGUGGAACAGCUCUACACACGUGGAUAUCACCUAUACGGAUAGCCAUGUGUAAUUUACAUGGGCAACAAGUGAAAUCUGGUACCACCGGCUUGUUACCAACAAUUCUCAUUCGGCAAUUUGUUUCUACUGGGGGUCAUUUCUCUCAUAAUAACGGGAAUUCACACAGUAACACAAAUACAACAGGAAGUGGUCGGUCAUCUAAGCUCCAGGCACACCAUCAAUUCCAGCAAACGCAAUCAGGAAAAGAAGCAGAGAAGAAGGAGGAUUUAAAUGUGCUGUUUAAGAGAGAAGAUCAGUUUAUCAAGAACAAAAAAGAUGUCGAUUAUGGGAUUAAUAGAAGAGAAUCAAAAGAGAAAGAUGAUCUCCACUCUAGUCGAAGGUACAAAGAUUACGAUCAUCAUUACAAACGCGAAAAGGAUGACGCAUUCUCAUCUGUUUAUUCGUCUGUGAGGGAUCGCAAUCGGGAAAUUGAUCAAGAUCCAUGGCUGGAAGUUGGCUGUGUCUCCCUAGGUCCCAUUAUCAUUGAAGCAGCUUCAGCUCUUCCCAUUCCGGAGCACUGUUUACAUUUGGUCCAACACAAGUACUUGAAAGUACAUGAUGAAAAGUCCAAGAGAUUGUGGUUUUUAUGGGGUAUGAAUGUAGAGAAUACAAAAUGUGGCUGUGUUGGCGGUUGCGCCUUCUUUGGAUCCAAUAGAAAUGGUGCGAACUUCUUUAAACCUACUGCUCAAGAUUUGCAUGAUAAUGUGAAUAUUGCCCGAUAUCAUAUACAUUCCAGUCCCAAAGAGUACGGUUUUGGUCAAAGUCUGUUGCAUGAAGGGCAACUGGUGUUUCAUACACCGCCCUACAGUCUUCAGUCUGUAACCCUUCAAGAGUGCUACGACUAUGUUACGAGGCCUAAUCAUCGUGGAUCUCGUCAUGGAGUAGACACAAAAUCCCCUUUGCCUGUUCAAAGGCAAGAAAGUAUCUACGUGACAAAAUCUGAUACUUCACCUAACAGCACUAUGAUAAGAUCUUGUGCAGAAUAUCAUGAGAAAACUCUACCUAAAAUGAAAGAAAAGGGGUCCCCUCUAUCUGGAGAACGAAAAGGCAGAAGGUUUUCUUAUACGAAUUCGAGACAAAAUAUUCAUGAUGUUCCAUAUGCUCGACUACUUGAUACGCCGUCAAAGAGUGGUAGAUCGCGAGAUCAGUGCGAUACACGAAUGGUGCACACGGGGCCGAUUAGGCAGGACUCAACUUCACGCUUGUCAACAGUUACUUCAAGAGGCCUUCAGAUUCCACCACCAAAGACAAGUGCAUCGGAUUCAAGGCUGACUGUGGAUUAUUUCCAACCUGUUGAUGAUUUGGAUUUAUCGAUUGAAAUGUCAUCCUCUGCUCCACCACCUCAGCAUCCACUUCAGUCGGAUUCUGAGCAAUCUCUGAGUCCACAUGUAAUCUCAGAGGAAGCUAUCAAUGGAGAAGUUCAGAGAACGAUUUCUCUAACAUCAGAAAAUCCUUCUGAGGCAUUCUUUUCGGCUGAUGAAGACAUACAUGCAUCACGAAGCUCGAGUCUUAAGACAACUGAUAUUGUUAUGCCAGUAUCAAAGAAAAGAUUUGCAUCUGAUCUCAGUAUUGGAGGGCAGAAUGAUCUUGACAAUAAGUUAUCAACACAUCGCAGUGACUAUGAAAUCAAUACACCUGAACAUAGAAGUUUACCUAAAAGACCACAGAGUACAGCAGAAUUUACCGGAGACGAGAGAAGAAUUCACGGUCUUGCAACACCACUUCGAAAAUUUAGCAAUAUUUCACCAAGACCAGAAUUUCGUCACUUUAAACCAGUGUAUGAUGAGUCUUCCAGUGAUUCCCCCAGUCUAUCCUCAACAUCGUUUAUAUCAGCGUUAUCGUCGCAAGAAGAUAUAACUCUUGUAAAUUUGCAUAUGCAAAUUAAUCGUCCAAUUGUCGAUUCACCACUCCUCAUGGCCAGCUAUGUUACCCAUUUGGCUCAAGUUAGAUGUACAAAUUGGUCACAUUGUUCAUUGCCCUAUGGAGCAGAUGCCUUCUCGACACCUCUAUUUCAACAAACUGAAGAAGGCGGUUUGGUUUACAUUGGCGGUAAGAUGGUGCCACAUUUUGAUACAUGCUCCAAUUGGCGUGAGGUGAGAAUUCUUACAAGAAGUGAUCUUCCAACCAAUUCGAGUCUACCAAGUACUGGAAUGCCAAAAUCCCAUCCGUGGGAUCCAUCAAUUAUGAUUAAAAAUGAUGAACAGGAAAAACAUAAAGAGAGCGAGGAAAAUGAAUUUAUCAGUCCAAUUGGAGGUGAGACAGCAACCAGGAACUCCAUUGUUGUUCGUUUUAAAGGCCAGGCUGAUGUUAUGGUUACUCCAUUAUUACUAGAAGGACUUCAAAGGAUGAUUGAAUCUUUAACACCAACUCUUGCUACACUUCAUCCUCUAACAAUAAUUAAUUAUUUGCAUGGUUCAUGCGUGAGGAAAGUCGAAGCGGCUAAUAUUUUGAAACGUGAUCAAUCACUUAGUUACUGGUCACAAGUUCAUUCAAAUUCAAAGAGAUCAACAGCUGAAAGGAAUCUUCAAGGUCCUGGAGGACCUGUUCUUACCGAUGUUUAUGAAGAGAGUAUCUCAACUCAGUUACAGGGAUUAAUUGUUUUACCGAAAAUAAGUGUCUCUAUGAUACAGAGUUCAGUCGUUGAGGAAGUGAUCUCGUUUGCCGCUUUGGAUAAUGUGCAGGACUUAAGUUGUGCAUCUCUUUUAGUUGUUUGCUUUGACAAUAUUUCCACGCGAUUUCACUUUGCGAAAACAACUAAAGCUUCUAUGCAUACAUUUACACAGCCUACCAUGAGAUCAGGCGGCAUGAAAAAAGGUGGAAUAAUUAGAGGUACUACGAGGGCUUUAUUGGCGCAUUUAUCGUCACAAUCUCGCCCCGAUAGUGUCCCUGGAGAACCUGUAUUAAUUGAGACUUCAGAAAAGCAACUUGAGGAGUUGGUUGUAACUGUGGAUGUCGGAAAAGCUCAUGCACAAUUACGGCGACUAAAGAAUGAAGGUUGUGAUCUUCAAGAGAGUCAAACUAUUGUAACGGCAAUUCCUGCACAUCGUAGUCGAGCCAUGUUUGAGUGUACAAAAUAUCCCGAAGAACCCUCCUUGGAGCCUUUUGGGCUAGGUUUUAUAAUGUUUGAGGGUGGCCUUGAAGGAAUUGGAGUGAAAAUCGUUAAGAGGUCACAAUUUGAAAAAUCCGAAAAUGCCCAGGAUCGUAUGAAAGAGCAAUCAAACGAAUCUGAUAACAAUGUGGAAAUUCAAGCGUCAGUUAAAAAAUCAAAUCAACAAACUUCUGUUGCACCAAUACCUGGUGAUUCCACGCAGAAUACAGGUAAAAUGUGUGAAAAUAUGUCAUCAUCUGGACUAGUGAAAAAGCCUGUAACCCCAAAUCUUAAGCCAAGCACACCCAAGGAGAAGUUUAUAAUUGGAUUAGAUUUCAAUAAGAGUCGCGACAAGGAAAGUGGGAAUAAAGAUAAUGGAAAAAUAGGGCAGGCAUCCCAAGUUAAACAACAGGAGUCAGUGGUAUCGGUAGAUGAGGAUAUGCCAAAGGAAAUAAGUGGAAGUAAACCUCAAUUAUCCCAAAAUACGGGAAAAUUUCAGAGUCUUGUGGCAAAGAAAAAUGAUAAUGGCAAGACAUCCUCAUGCAUUAUCGACCUUAAAACUGUGUGGUUUAAUUUCGCUGCUCCUCCAAGGGUCCCAAUUACACGGAAAAUUGACUAUACGCGGUUAGAUUGGAAUCUCUUGAGCACAGCUUCUCCAGCAAUAACAGCUUGGAUGAAUCCUAGUAAUAGGUUUGCCAUCAAAGUUAUAUCUAUGAUGAGGGCUAUGCAUCAGCGACGAACAGCUGUAACUGCGAGUUUAAUGGCUGAUGGUUUGGAAGUUCAAGGAAUCCAUAGGCCUGUGAAGAGUCGUUACUCAAGAAAAUUGACACCUCUGUCUAAAACCCUUCAGGAGGAUCCAAGUUGUCAAUUAUGUACAAUUAUGCAAAAGUACAUUUUGCAAGAAUCAGUAGCGAAGCUAGAGGAAAAUCUAAAGCAGCAAGAUCUUCCUCAGUUGAAUGUUUUACGUCAAGGUGUAAUUGUAUUAAGUCGUCAGUGGAAGAACACAUUGUAUAAUCCAAUGUUGUUUGAGCAUCAGUAUAAGAACAAGUUGAUUCAGCCCAUGAAUGUGGCAUUCUCCAUGCAACCACUUGAUGAGGAUUGUGAUGAUGUGGAUGAUAUGGACACUGAAACAUAUCCCAUGGGUGUUAUAAAUGACUCGGAAGAAACAGAACGUACAAUGCUUCUGGGUCAAGGUGUGGUACCUCAUCGCAAUGUUAUUAAGUUACCCGAUGAUAUGGGUGCUGCUACAUCUGUGCCUAAUUCAAAAUUGUCAGAUUCAGUAAAUACUUCACCGAGUCUAAAGUCAGGAAAGGGCAAUAGAAAGAAAUCAUUAAAAACACAACCAUCGUCCACUAGACAUUCCAGUAUACAGAUGUUUCCAAUAAUUUCGGGAUUUGUUGAAAAACAAGAGCCCCAAAUAGAAUAUGGAACACUUUGUGAUGGAUCACUACCUUCAAUUUGCAGUUCAUCUGAUUCCCUAGAGAAGGCUUGGAGUCCACCGCCAAAUCACAAAGAAGACUUGUACUCGUGGAUGGCUAAACAACAACAUGAAAGUGAUAAAAAUAUUCCUAAAGAUAAAUUUCACGAUCGACCAUCGACACCUGUUCGACCAAUUGUUGUGCAAUCGGCAAAUGGAUAUGUUCAGGAUUCCGUUCGUCUUCUUGAUGCUCAUCUAAUCUUUGAGCCUUUGUUGUCGUGCCUAGGAGUCAUGCCACAGCAAAUGGUGAAUAACAUUUCCAACCCAGAUGUAUCUUUAGACAGUCUUGGAACGAAUUUGUCUUUGGUGGGAUCAUUUGAUACACUGAGGAUUGAUAUCGUUGUCUCUGAAGCUAGUGACAAGAAGCCAAAAGCAAAAAUUGGGAAAAAAUCUAAUGGGAAAUUCGUUCUUACAAUGCCACCGGAAACUCCAGCAUUUCUGUGUGAACGUGUUGGAUUAGAAAUUGAAGUUUUGAAAAUGACUGAUGGUUUCCCAGAUGACACCAAUCCAAAUAUACUCUAUAUGUCACGCGGUCAACUAAAGAAGCACACAAGUACAGUGAUAAAUUUCAGUCUCAAUAUUCGAUAUAUUUCGCAGCAAGUCAAUAUGCCCCUUUUAAGACUACUACAUCAGAUUACCAAUAUGUACCAGAAUGUCAAGGAAGCUCAAAAUGAAUUGCGAGAGCAACCUGAAACUGGAAAACGAAGUGUUCCUAUUAAGGAUGAAUCAAGUUUAGCAUCAGAGAUUAAUGAUCCCACACUUUUGGGAUCCAUUCAUGAACCCAUAUCUCAAAUAGAUAGCAACAUGAUGGAUGAACACUAUGACAAAUUCAAUGAAUCUUAUCUAAUUAGACAUUCUAUAAGCAGGACUCGCUUGCCAUCUUUGGGUCCUCUUAUACCUUUAACACCAUCUCCUAGUGCCCGUAAUCGUCCUCAAAGUUUUGCACAAAAGUUGCGAUCGACGAGUAAGAGUGUGAAAGGAAAAUUGGGCUACAUCAAUUUAGCAGAAACUGUGUCUACACCAAUAAAAAUCAGUCCAACAACAGUUUCGGCGUUUGAGCAGGCAUAUCCUGUAUUGCAAAGAAAUCCAGUAGAAUCUAAAUACUCCAUUGCUGGUGGUGCAUCGAGCUCAUAUGGUGGUCCUUUAGUGAAUGAAGCUUUUGUAGACUAUUCAGCACCAUUUGGACGAUCAUCAUUUGAGGGUGGAGUAGUUGCUACAAAUAGUCUUACAACAAUAACACCCAAAUGCUGGAAAACAAUUUAUCAUCUUUUGGAUUUGUAUGCUACGAUGCCAGAAACGAAAACUGUUUGUCACAGAGUAUCUGUUUCACCAGAUGCAAUUGAUCAUUUAAAAUCCAUUCGUCGAAAUAAUAUAUCAGCUGAUCGGAAAAACAGUCAAAGAGGUGAAGCAGAGGAUGGAGAUGGCAGUGGAACACCAGUUCCUACUGUAUCAACUAUGGCGAAUGAAAGAACAAGAUUAGUGGUGUUUGGUGUUGCCAGGAUACAUCGUACUAGACUAUUAGCAACUCUGAGUGGUUUGAAACUUGAAGCUGAAAUUACAGCACUCCAGAGCAGUGCUACAUGGAGAAAGAAGUCACGUCCAGCAGUUCUAGAGUGCUCUCUUACAGGGCAUAUUGGACGUGCUAUGAUUGUUUUAUUGGAGGGCGUUGCACCAAGUCAGCAAACAGUUGUGAAAGUGACUGUUGGAAAGAGUCAAACUCUCUACUCAAGUAUUUCCAGGCGAAGUAAGGAUAAAAAUAGCGGAUUAUUAUCGAUUGGACCUGUUAAUAUAGACAUUCCGCAGCAUCCUGUUGCUUUACAUGGAAUGAUGACACGAAGUUCCAAACAACUAUCAUCCACAUUGCAAGAAUUGAGGGUCACGAGAUCUUCAGCACGGCUUUCUCGACAGAAUGAUGAACCAAACUCUCCCUUACAAGCAAAAGAUGCAAAAGAAAAACAAUCCAGGAAGCCUAUGACAAGUUCUAAGGCUGCCAAUACUCGAAGUGCUCUCAUUCAGCCACUUGUGAUGCAAUUUAAUGUUAUUUUACAGAGUUUAUCCGUGACGGCAGCUCUGUUGCCAUCGUUACAGGCUCAGUAUAAGAUGGAUCAUGUGUCAUCAACAGGUGUGACAGGAAGUAAGGCUAAAUUUACCAUUGAUCUCCCUAGCCAUUCACUUAGUUUCACAACGAAAAUACAUACGAGUGAAGCCAACUUGCCAUCGGAGGCAUCUAUUGCACUGCCUCCUAUUCAUGUGAGUGCGGAGUAUGUGCCAGAAAAUGCUCCGCAGGAUGUGCCGAUUGAUGGUGUUGUCCUCAGGCAGGGUGGAUAUGUAUCAGCAUCGGCAGAAAUUGGUGUCUUUGAGCGAUGUUUAACCACCAAUCUGCUAAAUCAUUUGGUAUUCGUGCAAAAGGUAUUUAUGAAGGAGGUCAAUGAGGUAGUUCAGAAAGUUUAUGGAGGUGAGAAACCCGUUCCUCUAUGGCUAGAAGAUAGUGAAGACAAUGGAUCAUCUCUAAAACGUAUUCUAUUUUCACUUAAUAUUCGUGUAAAGCAAAUACAAUUAACAGCCACCACACCAUGUAACUCUGCAGUUCGCUUUGAGACGGGACAGUUGGAUUUGCAUCUUUCAAAUCGUGUAAAAAAUCUUGCAGAAGGAUCGAGCACAAAAUUAUUUGGGAAAGCCCAGAUAGAUCUCAAUUUGUCCUUAGGACAAAUAAUUAAGAAUGUAAUUUUCGAUGAGGCUGAACCGGAAUUUCAGCAAUAUGCAUUCUUUAAUACUACAAUAGGUUUCAGAAAUGCAUUUCAAGAUGAGAUGUUAAAUGAUGACAAAGAAUUAGUGUUGAUUACACUUAAACGUCCUUUAAUCUACAUUCAACCAGUAGCUGUUGAUAAGGCUAUAUUGGUAUGGUUAAACUAUAAAAAUGCCUAUGAAUAUUGGGCUGAAAAACGAGCUAAUCUCAAUAAGGAGGUUCUUACGGCAACUCAACAAGUUUUUGAGAAGGUACCAUUUGGGCAAUUGAGUCAGCAUCUCAGUACACCAAAUUUGUCUACACUGUUCCUCCAACUUACGGUAGAAGACAUGGGCAUUUGUUUACCGCUCAACCCCUUACCACCAACUAAUUGGGGCCAAAGAUCUAUUCAGGAUUUUGAGUCUCAUGGAGCUGUAGUAAUUACCCUAGAAAAUACCAUUAUAUCAGCAUGUAAUUCUGGAUCUUUAGUGUCUAAGGGACGCUUUAUUGGGCUCUGUUUGCGCUUUGCUGAUGAUUUCGAAACAUCCCUGGAUGAUUGGAAGCCAAAUAUGAAUGAUGCUAGUAUCAUGAAUCUAUGUGUGGUGUCCGAAGGAACAUAUGAAGUGUGUUCAAGGACAAUAGCAGCCAAGCAAUAUUUGGAGAAUGCCAAAUGGAUACUCAAUGUGACAUGGCAAAUGGAAGGUGUUGAUAUUCACUUGGACGUUAAUAUUGGGAAGCAACUUUCGGCCCUUGGACACACAUUGACCAUGCUGACUGGAUCAGAAGAAGAUGAACCAAUAACUGUUGAGAGCGCUGAUAGUGAUGAGGCUGAUCAAACAGAAGAUAAAUUUGAAGAAGAUUCCUCACAGUCAAAAAGAAGCCUUAUGGAGUCUCUACCAGCCUUUGUCUUUGAUCCUACAAUUGAUACCAAAAAGCGAUCCAUGAUGAUGGAAAAAGAGAUGAAUGAACAGUUCAAGAUUAUCAGUGAUCUUAGAACUUUGGGUGCUUCAUAUAAGACUAUAGCUCACGAAGAGAAACGUCUGCAGGAGCUUCAGGCACUAUGCUACAAGUAUUUCAGACGUGAUAUGAUACAGAAAUGGAAACGUCCUUCGAUGCGUCGGUCCAUGCUAAAGGCGGCCAAUCGAUCAAGAUCCUUUGUCAUCCAGUCACCCACAAAUGAUAAUCUAUUAGAAUGCGGUGAAACUGGAGUGGUGGAAAAUGUGAGUGGUAUAGAGGUUGACAGCGGUAGUCUUCACAGUUCACCACAUUCUGGGCCAUCGAGGAGUGCUUCGCUAAAAAUGCGUAUUCCAACAGGGCCGCGGGUAACUUUUACCGAUACAAUGCGUCAAUCUUCACUACCCAGUGCUGAUUCCGAGAUGAAUUUUCAUGAGGGUGGGGAUAUUGAAUGGCCAUCUUAUGAUAGUUCAAUGCAAGAAAUUCAUCACAUGCUGGAAAUUGAUGGAGAACAAGUGGAAUUGAGGAAAAAGAGUCCGAGUUAUCCAAUUAAGCAACAAGAGCCGAAUGUUGACUUUGAAUUAGAUAUUAAGGUGUUGGUGAAUUCAGGAAAGUGUGUGCUCUAUACCAAAGAGCCUGAUGAUCGAAUAACUAGUACAAUUCUCAAUUCUUCACGACAUCACAAAAGAGAAAGGAGUACAGGAACUGAUUGGGGUAGUCCAGUGCAAUCUAGGCGCAAUAAAGAUAAGACACGGUUGCGUUACAAUGCUAAUCAUACACUUCUCACAGAACUAACAAUUUUUCAUAUUCCUGGACUUGAUGUGAAGCUCCACUACCAAUCAAAGACUAUUCCGGACGACAGCUCCCCAAGACUGUGUACAACAGAUAAUCUUGGUACAAAUCGAAGGUUUGGCUCCAAAAGAGCAUCCCUAUUCGCUUGGAUGACACUGCAGAGUAUUCCAGAGGAAACUAUCAUAUCACCACAUAUUCUAGAAUUUCUUGAGCAAACUCUUGAGCCAAUACCUAAAGCCAGUCUCAUAGCACCAUCGAAUCCUGUAAAUAUUGAUCUACUCCAAAGCAAUUAUGUUGCUUAUGCUUCAUUCCCGGUGGAUGUCAUUGUUUAUUUUCACAUGCAACCAUCAACGUUUAGAUUCUCCUGUCUUCCCGUAUCCAGAGUCGAGUGUAUGCUCCAAUUACCGAGUUUGGAUAUUGUUUUCAGUUCAAAGAGGCAGGAAAGUGGUGCAGAACAUGAGGCUAAAGCUUCAUCUGGAGGCGGAUUAAGUGUAACAGGAUGCUUGGCAGAUUUCAAUGUCUACAUUUUUCAUCCAUAUGGAGGAAAGAAAAGUGGAAUUAAAGAGGCGCAGUUCUCACCUUUAGCUGAUAGUGAACGUAAAGAUUCGUUGAGUAUAAAUGUGGAAUUUGUCAAAUUCCAUCUUACACGUUCCCGUACAGUGAAUUAUGAGUCAUUGACAAACAAAAAAUCUGAUCAAAAAGCGAUAAUUAGAUUUUCAACAAUUGUAGAUAUUGGAAGUGCAUCAUUCAAGUAUGAUAUGAGACGACUUACAGAAAUUCUUGCAUUCCCUAAGGCUUGGUACAGACACAGUAUAGUUAGGCGACUGUUUUUGGGUGAUUUGAGUGUUCACCAAACUAGUACUGGUGAUUUGGAUUUCACACCGUCUGAUGAGGGUAAGGCAUAUACAAAAAGUGUUGGUGGUUCGUCUUCAGAGAGAAGUCCUCUGCUCAAGGAAAAAUUGCGUUUAAAUUUUGAUGGUGAGGCAUCCAAGUCGUCUGGGGUAAAAUUGAAAGAUAUGGAAAAAUCUUCUAGCUUGGAUUCCAACACAUCUCCGUCAGAACCCAAUCAAGUAACAGCAUGGGAAACUCUUGUACUAUUUGCGGUGAAUUUUAAGAAGCUGAAUGUCCAGAUGAAUAUGGGCAAUGUGAUGGGAAAUGUGGUUUGGCUCACGAAAGCCUUUCAAAGUGAUGGUCGACUAAGUAUUGGAAGUACUGGGCAUAAAAAUAUGUACAUAGGCAUUGGCCUAGGUAGUUCCACAUUAGACGCCAAGGGUGGUAUUGUGGGUGGAACAAUUGAACUAAGUAAAAUUGAUACACAUAUGCGAGUUCAGGAAGAGCCAGGAUGUCAACCACAUCACAUUAUGAGUGUCAAACUAUUGGCUCUAGAACUAAGAUUAGAUUAUAUGGGAACGAGUGUUUUGAUGACAAGGAUAAGCUCUCUUAACGCUGCAAUGGAAGAUAAAUGGGAAAAUUCAAAAGAAUGUUCAUCCGAUGGAAGACUUAAGAAACCAUCUGUAAUACUAAUUCAUGGAGAUUUAAGCUGGGAUCAGUUGCAGGUGCUAAUAUCGAAGUCAACAACAGCUGAUCUACUCAAGAUGUUCUACAAACUUGAGGAGUUUUUCUCACAGCAAUUCAAAUCCUCAAAGAGGGUAUUUUCAUCAUUGGAGCCAAGAUUUUCCACUGCAGGCAGGACAAGUAGCCUUAAGAGGCGUCAGAUGCAAUUUAGAAAACGAACAAUCUCUGUGACAGACAGUGGGAUUGGUACACAAAGAGAGCAUAGUGCCCAAGAAGCUAGGCAUCAUCGACACUGGCAGAAGCCACUAAAGCAAGUCCUGGGAUUUUGCUUGUCCUCAAUGAGUGGAGAGGCCGUGCCAAUUUCUGGAACAGUUCUUGGUGGCACAAUGGAAUUGCAUGGAAAUAAUAUCUCAUUAGCUUGUUUCCAUGGAAUUAACUUUAAAUCCAAAUCCUGGGCUUUGUUUAGUCUUCGUGAUCCAUGUAUUAAUUUUGCAACUGAGGCUCAACAGAUUGAGAAUACUGAUGAUGUGCACAUAAAUCAGACAUUAAUAUUUAGUCUUGGAAUGAGUGCUAGGGCUCAGCCACAAAAUCACUCAAUGGCUACUGUCUGUCGGAUGACUCGCAAUAUAAUCUUUCCGCCACAGUUCAAGACACUUCAUGAAUGGUUUCACUAUGCUUUUGCCAACAGUGAGAUAGACUCUGUAGAUCGAUUUCCGGUGCUGGAACGUGAAAAGCCGGAACCCAAUACAAAUUCAAUUGAAAAAGUGCGGUCUGGAGGUGCCGUAGGAGGAUCACAACCUAAGCUACAAGAUCCCAAUCAUAAUCGUGAGGUGAUAUUUGCUCUGCCAAGUCUUAGGUUGCAGUUCAAGACAGAACAUCUUCAAGGAGCUGCAACUCCGGAGUCCAAUCAGGAGGAGAAACCUGUGGUGGAGUGCAGUUUCAUCACAGAAUUUGAAGAUCAUAUCUUUGUGACAGUAGAUGCUGAUGCUUUCUUUUUUCUGCACGAUCUAAUAACGACGUAUCUUAAAGAAAAGGAAAAGGUACUCGCAGCAGCUGGAUAUGCAAGAUCAGCUUCACCAAAUAUUCUUCCUGUCAAUUCAAACCUUACUUCACAAUCUACUACAUCUCCUGAUACUGUAAAAGUUGCUGAUGGUGAUGCAGCAGUUGGAAUGUUCCAAGAAGGUUUGGCAAAUGGUGUCGGUUUAGCUGGUACCUCAACUUCGUCGAAUGCUUCAAAUUCAUCAUCAAAUAUCACAGUGAGUGAGGAAAAGACGUUGAAAAUUGAUAAAAUGGAUAUGGAGGCCUUCUUGAAAGAUUGGCGUGAAUUUGUUUGUCGAACAUGGCAUUUGGAGCCAACUGUACGUCUUUUAUCGUGGGCUGGUAAAUCUAUUGAGCCUUAUGGCAUUGAUUAUAUUUUGAAUAAGUUGGGAUUUAGUCAUGCCCGCACCACUAUCCCAAAAUGGCUUCAGCGUGGUUUUAUGGAUCCUUUGGAUAAGCUGCAGGCCCUGCUUAUGCUGCAACUUCUUUCUAUGGUCAAAGAGAAUCGUGUGCACAAUAGCUAAGCCCUAAAGUGGUGGAUAUUUAUCAAGUCUUACUAUACCUCUCUCUGAUCCAAUGGAUUCAAUCAUACCAAAGAUUUUGCGUUUCAUCAUAGGCGGUUGGCUUCAAAUUAAAUAGAAUUUAGUGAAAUUUAGUGAUCUUAGUGAUGGUAUGCAAUAAAGGGAAACUCAGAAUUAAAA